AGAGAGGUUUUAUUUUUUUUGAUAAACCCCUUGAAGAGAGUUGAAUUCAGAAGAAUGAUACAUAGGACGUUAUCACAAGUUCAGCCAAAUUCAAGGAAUGAUCUUUAGAACUAAAAAUGGAGCUCUCACUCUUUCUUCAAACCUCUUCAAAACCCUCACAUCCUUUCUCAAUUCCUCUCCAUUUUCUUCAAUCCCCAAACCCAAUUUCUCCACUCCCAGAAGACCUGCUUCACUCAUUGUGCCACCACCACCACCAACAACAACAACCUCACGCACUGUAAGUUCUUCUGAUUUCAACACAAUCUGUUCUUUACUAAUUUCAAGCCAACCCCAUCAAACCACAACAAAUAUUGAUGAUUUGUUAAAGGGUUUUGAAGAAAAGUUGAACUCUAAUCUUGUGCUUCAAAUUCUGAUGAACUAUAGACAGUUGGGUAGGAUUAAGACCUUGGAAUUCUUUGCUUGGGCUGGAAUGCAAAUGGGUUUUCAGUUUGAUGACUGUGUUGUUGAGUACAUGGCUGAUUUCUUAGGUAGGAGGAAGCUAUUUGAUGAUAUCAAGUGUCUUUUGGUGACUGUGUUCUUACAUAAAGGUCGAGUUUCGUGUCGAACAUUUUCGAUUUGUAUUAGGUUUUUGGGUAGGCAAGGGAGAGUUAGAGAAGCCCUUUGCUUGUUUCAGGAAAUGGAAUCACAAUUUAGGUGUAAACCCGAUAAUCUUGUGUACAAUAAUAUGCUCUAUGUGCUUUGCAAGAAGGAAAGAUCUGAGGAACUAAUUGAUUUUGCACUUAUGAUUUUUAGGAGAAUCGAAUUGCCGGAUACGUAUUCGUAUAGUAAUAUUCUUGUUGGUUUAUGUAAAUUUGGUAGGUUUGAGACUGCACUUGAUGUUUUUGGUGAAAUGGGUAGGGCUGGUUUAGUUCCUACUCGGUCUGCGGUGAACUUUCUUAUUGGGCAGUUGUGUUCAUUGAGUGCAAAAGAGGGAGCUGUUGAGAAAGUUAGAGUGAAAGAUGCUCAUAGACCCUUUACAAUUUUAGUUCCAAAUGUGGGUGCUAACAGUGGUGCUGUACAGCCUGCAGUUGCAGUGUUUUGGGCAGUUCAUGAGAUGGGUUUAUUACCUAGUACAUUUGUUAUAAAGCAGCUGAUUUCAGAGCUUUGUCGAUUGGGUAAAAUGGAAGAAGCUGUUAAGUUGUUGAAACUUGUUGAGGGAAGGAAGCUGAGUUGUGUGGAAGAAGGUUACUCUAUUGUCAUACAGGCAUUGUGUGAACACCGAUUAGUAGAGGAAGCCAGCCAUUUGUUUGGGAGGAUGCUCUCCCAGGGCAUGAAGCCAAAGUUGGUUAUUUACAAUUCUGUUAUUUCAAUGCUAUGCAAAUUAGGGAAUUUAGAUGAUGCUAAAAGGGUUUUUGAGAUUAUGAAUAAGAAGAGAUGCCUUCCAGAUAAUUUUACCUAUUCGGCAUUGAUCCUUGCUUAUGGUGAAGCUAGGAAUUGGGAAGAUGCUUAUGGCUUAUUGAUUGAGAUGUUAGGAUUGGGCUUAUCUCCACAUUUUCACACAUAUAGUUUAGUGGAUAAACUUUUGAGGGAUAAUGCAAAGUUGGAUUUGUUAUUCAAAUUGGAGCGGAAAUUGGACUCUCAGAUCUUGCAGAAGCUCUGUAAAGCAGGUGAACUAGGGGCUGCUUAUGAGAAGCUAAAAUCAUUACUUGAAAAGGGUUUUUAUCCACCAGUCUAUAUCAAGGAUGCUUUUGAACAUGCAUUUAAAAAGAGUGGAAAAUUGAAGAUGGCUCGUGAAUUGCUACAGAAGAUUGACAAUGACUGCAAACCUGAUGAGACAGAAAUCAGAAGUUCUGAAUAAACCAUCAACAAGAAGGGUAUUUGAGUACCUGCGUGCUUGUUCAUUGCAUCCAUGUAGAUAUAUCUGAAUUUUCCAAAUUUAAGCUACCCUUAAAGAACCAAGCCCCGUACAGCCUUUGGGGAGGAUGGCACUACCAGAAAAAAAAAGUCUUGUCUUUGUCCUAUGUUGAAAACAAUUCUAAGCAAGAAGUAUGCUUUCUGCAGCAGCAAGCUUCCAAGCAGGAAACGAGCACCCAGGAUCAGGGGAAGCUGCAGGUCACUGCAGCCCAGCGUGUAUCGCAGCAGCAGGGUGCAGCCCAGCAUGCACCACGGGAUCAGGAAAAGAUGCAAGUGAAUGCAGGCCACAGUGCAUCACAGUAUCAGUGGAAGACCAGAGAUGCAAUCAUGAGCAAUGAAGAAUUAGAAGACUUGAUUGAAUCAAUACCUUAUCAUGAUCAGAUUAUUCAUUCAAUUCAAGGGAUGAUGCCACAUGGUCUGGAAGUUAUUAGUUGAUGUACACGUGUAAUGAUUAGGUAGCUUUAGUUGUAACAAACUUUCCCUCCAAAACAGGUAGUUAGUUAUUUUUGCUUUCUUUGUACACGAUUGUAUAUAAAAGGAUAGAGAUAGUGAAUUAGAUCAGUUAGUUGGAUUGUAAUCUUUUCUAAUCAAUGAAAAUCAGUUUCUAUUUA